AUGGUCUACUUUGCUUACAACCACAUAGCUUUCGUCACUCUGUUGGCAUUUGCAGCCGUAAAUGCAGGUGAAUCGAUGAAUGUAAAUGAAAUUCGAAGGAAGUUACACGAAAGUGAAUAUAUAAUACCGAAGGUCAUUUUAUCGAUGAAAGGUGCAGAAAAAGAACUACAUAAACUUAAGGACAAGAUUCUCAGUCAUUAUGCAGGCUUACAAGGAGAAAUAGAAAAGCAUAUAAACUGCCUGGAAACUGCAUACAAAUACAAAUGGGGAGAGACAGUAUUUCACAGGAUCAUAAGUCGUCUGGAAACUGAGACUGGAUUAGGCGAUACAAUAAACUGUAUCGAACAAGAAUUCUCAGCAUAUCAGAAAAAGACGAAGGAGUACCCUUUAAACAAAUGUUUCGAAAAUCCACCUGCAAUGAAACAAGAAGAUCUGGAUCAACUGGAUGAAUAUAUAAACCAACUAUUUACAUUGAAUCACUGGUAUGGUGUUCAUAGCAGUGAGUUCAUUUUCUCUGUAUGAUUAAACAUCAAAAUCGCAACCAUAUUUAUA